ACAAAGCGUGGACUGGCCGGCCGCACGGAAGUGGUUUUGUUUCGGUGGUGAGCCACAAUAAUAUGUGAGAAAUGAGAGGUGCUACGUUAUUAAAACACAACUAGGUCUCCUAAAAGUUUUUGUUUUGUAUUUCUUCAAGAAUAUUUUAUUUUUCAUUAAUAUUUUUUAUAUCGCUCGAACUAAACGAGAGAUAGCUAGUUAGCUUUUUUUUUUAGCUAGCUUUAUUAUCGCAAGCAACCAUGCCUUCCUACAAUGAACUAAGGAAAACCAACUACUUCUACUACUUCAUCAAAUUUACCUUAAAUAUCUACUCGAUGGUCUUCUCGCUGAUGGGUCUUUGUGUACUGUGCGUGGGAGUGUAUGCUGAAGUGGAAAGGCAGAAGAAUCGAACCCUGGAGGGUCUUUUCCUGGCUCCUGCCGUGGUGCUCAUCCUGCUGGGCUUGGUCAUGUUCACUGUGUCAGUGGUGGGCAUGGUUGGAUCCCUCAGGGACAAUAAGACCCUGCUACACAUGUUCCUUUGUGUUCUCUGUGUCUUGCUGCUUCUCCAGGCAAUUGCUCUCGCCACAGCUCUGAUCUUUGAGAAAAAGACGUCUGCCUUGUUUCAGAGCACUAUACGAGAAGGAAUAAAACACUACUACGACGAUCUCGACUUCAAAAACAUCUUGGACUACGUGCAGCAAAAGUUUUCAUGUUGUGGAGGAGAUGAGUAUAAGGACUGGAACGUCAACCAGUACCAUUUCUGCAAUGGUACUGGUCCACUAGCAUGUGGGGUUCCAUACACAUGUUGUAUUCGCCACAAGACGGGAGAAGUCAUCAACACCCUGUGUGGUUACCAGACUCUGGAUAAACAGCGUGAAACCCUGCAUGAGCUGAUCUAUGUGCGAGGCUGCAUCCACGCAGUCAACCUCUGGAUGAGUGACAACAUUGGAAAAACCGUUGGACUCUGCUGCGCCAUUGGGCUGCCACAGCUGCUGGGCAUCGUCCUGAGCUGCAUCUUCUGGAACCUUCUGGUGGAGAUGAGCGAGUCAGCUGACAUGGUGGACUUCAAACUAAAGAAGUUUAAUUACAGCGAGUUGGACCUGGCUGGUGCCGGGUGGUGCAUGUGCCUGCCCAGGGACGGUGGCUACCUGCCCGUCCCAGCCUCAGAGCCUGAGCGUGACCCCAUUGAUAUUCACCUGGAGAAGCUCAAGAAGCAGCCACUCCGUACACACUCUCAGCUCCAAAAACUGCAGCAAUCCAGAUCUGCCACCGGCCUGGAUGAAGUAGACGUUGGCCGCAAGCAUAAAAGGGAACACUGAAUGGUCUUUUUUUUUUUUAAUCAUUUUUUUUUUUAAAGUUAUCAUUAUUAUUUUGACCUGUCAUGCCUUUCGGGAGGUUUUUUUGCCUUUUUUUCUGUCACUGUAGUAAUUUUGUUUGUUGGAAUUGUGUUGCACUACUUGAUAACUGAAACUUUCUGUAACUUGAUCAAACAAAAUUUGGUCAGUUAAAGUGACUAAAUGUACUUUGACACUUUGUGGGUGAAUUUGUUUACAACAAAAUGUGAGGGAACAACAUGCAACAGGAACCUUUUUUACAUUUCUUUUGUUUGUGUCUGUUGAUCUUCAAUGAUUUGUGGCACUAAAUCAUAUUUAAUUUAAUUUGUAUAGCCUUUGAAAAUGAACUACAGGAUGUCUCCAUGUGCUAAAGCUUACCUCAGGCUAUUUUGAAAAUAGCCCAGUAGUCAGAGCACAGUGUGGUGUAUAAAUUAUAAAACCUUGAAAAAAUGUUUGGGGUUUUUUUGUUUGUUUUAAAAGUGUUGGAGAAAUAGGAGUAGCCAAGUAUGUCUUGCGUGUAGCGUCUGUGACGGAUGUAUAGAGUUUGUGUAUUAUUUGGUUUAAUUAUGAUUUCUAUUUAAUUUUGUGAAGUCGGUGUACAUUGUAAGACUGAUAGUUGUGGAAUAACAUGGAAUGCAUGUUUUGUACUGUAUAUAAAGUAAGUUUAAAGCGGGGUCGCGGGAGACAACAAAAAAGCUCAGUUUGUGUUACACGUGAAUUAUAUUUCUACAUCCCAACUACGUCAUAACUUUCGCAAUAACCAGAACCCCAUUUUAACCAUGCGCUGUAACCUUCUACGUAACCCAACGGGAACCUCGUGAGAAAUCUAACUACACGUCAGGUUGACGCAUGCCGCAAAACUUGAAUGGCGUGGAAGUUUCCAGUGUAGGGAUAAAGGGAGUUUCCGGUUACUACACAAGUUAAUACUUUAGUUUCCUGCAGAAUUCUUAAUCAAGCUUCUGGCUCUCAGCGGGAGGGGGAAGGGUCCAUCUACUCAUGUUUUUCAACUAAUCUUUUUAUUCCUCCCAUCUUUUAAAGGAACAACUAUAAAGGGAUUAUCCAGACUACUAAUCCAGUGGGCCAACAACUCUGACAGUGACAGUUUUUGUAUCUGAGCAAUGCACUGUUUUGAGCUUUCCCUCAGCUCUUGCUUGUAUCAAAACUACUGUUCAUUUCAAUAAAGCUGAAUUUAUGUACUGAU